AUGGCUUCCCUUCUUACCAUUCUUCUCUGCUUCAUAGUCUUGACAGUGGUGCUGCUGGUUCAACCCUCCCAUGCGCAAAACUCACCACAAGACUACGUCGAUGCUCACAACGCCGCUCGUUUACGAGUUGGUGUACCAAAUAUUACGUGGGACGACACUGUUGCGGCCUAUGCUCAACACUACGCCAAUUUAAGAAGCGGCGACUGCAGUCUCGUGCAUUCGCAUGGGCCUUACGGUGAGAACUUGGCCUACGGCUAUGGCAGCGGCGCAAUCACAGGCGUCAACGCCGUGAACUUGUGGCUGGAAGAGAAGCCUUACUACAACCACAACUCCAAUUGUUGUGUUGGUGGAGAAUGUCUUCACUAUACGCAAGUGAUUUGGCAUUACUCUAUCAGGCUGGGGUGUGCCAGGGUCCAAUGCAGCAACCCUGGGUGUUGGUUUGUCACCUGCAACUAUGAUCCACCGGGCAACUACUAUGGCAAGCGUCCUUAUUAG